GGACGCGGCACCGGAAGGCCUCGCGCGGCACCGGAAGUGACGCUCCGGCGUGCUGACGCGCGGGCUCGAGCCGAGGCCGAUUCCGCGCCCGCCAUGGCCGACAAAAUGGACAUGUCUCUGGACGACAUCAUUAAGCUGAACCGGAGCCAGCGAGGCGGCCGCGGCGGGGGCCGGGGCCGCGGCCGGGCUGGCUCACAGGGAGGCCGCGGCGGCGGAGUACAGGCCGCCGCGCGAGUGAGUCGGGGCGGCGGUCCCAUCCGGAACCGGCCGGCCCUCGCCCGCGGCGCGGCGGGCGGCGGGAGACUCACGGGCUGGUUUCUGUUGUGUUUUUUCCUCCUUCAGCCGAAGCAACUUCCUGACAAGUGGCAACAUGACCUUUUCGACAGCGGCUUUGGGGGUGGUGCCGGCGUGGAGACCGGUGGGAAACUGCUGGUGUCCAACCUGGAUUUCGGAGUGUCGGACGCUGACAUUCAGGAACUCUUUGCUGAAUUUGGCACUCUGAAGAAGGCGGCCGUGCACUACGACCGCUCCGGCCGCAGUCUGGGAACAGCCGACGUGCACUUUGAACGGAAGGCAGACGCCCUGAAAGCUAUGAAACAGUACAACGGCGUUCCUCUGGAUGGCCGCCCCAUGAACAUUCAGCUCGUCACGUCACAGAUUGACACACAACGGAGACCGGCACAGAGUGUAAACAGAGGCGGGAUGACUAGAAACCGUGGUUCUGGAGGCUUUGGUGGCGGCACCCGGAGAGGCGCCCGUGGAGGCAGCCGGGGCAGAGGCAGAGGCGCCGGCAGGAGUUCAAAGCAGCAGUUGUCCGCAGAGGAGUUGGACGCCCAGCUGGACGCUUACAACGCAAGAAUGGACACCAGUUAAACAGCCCGGCAGGCCGUGCACAGGACAGGGCCCAGGCGACCCGUCCUCGCUCCCUGGCAGGAGGGGUGGCCAACGAUGGCGUUUUCUCUCUUACGUUUUAAAAUAGGAUUUAAAACUCAUGUAAAGGUUUUUUUUUUCUUCUUCUUUUUUUUUUUAAAUUCUGAAACAGACCUGUUUUGUACUGAGUUAUUUUUGGGAUAAAUUUUACUGGUUGCUGUUGUGGAGAAGGUGGCGUUUUCACCUUCGCCAUAAUAAAGUAGAAGUGUGUGUAGAACUGGAACCGUC